UGUGUUUGCGUUGCCUUGAUCAAGACGGAGCCCCCUCUAGCUCGGCACCGGACGCGGGAAGGUGGGCGCCAAGGCCGCGUCGGCGAUCGGCGAAAGGGGGCGGGGGAUCGGCGGGGCGGCGCCCAGCAAGUACACUCUCCCGGCCCGCCACCUGCGCCUCCGCGCUUCCCUUUCUGGUCCCUCCUUCUUCCUUCCCUACCUGGCCGCGGCCACGUCAGGGGCUCCUGCUGCUGCUGCCGCCGCCGCCGCUUCUGCUGCCUCUCUCUCUCUCUCCCUCCCUCCCUCCUUCGCCCGAUCGCUCGAUCCCUGCUCUGGGAUCCCCCCCACCUACCCCGGAGGAACCAUGAUCUCCUCCCGAGGGGGCGCCAUGCCACCGCCCCCCAACGCCACCGCCUACUACCCGCCGCCGCGCAUCACCCUGCCCUCCGGCUUGGAGAUCCUGCGCACCUACUCGGGGGCCUUCAUCUGCCUGGAGAUCCUGUUCGGAGCACUUGUCUGGAUUUUAGUAUCCGCCACCCACGUCCCUCUGCCGCUGCUGCAGGGCUGGGUGAUGUUUGUGUCGGUGACGGCCUGCUUCACCUCCAUCUCCUUCCUCUGCGUUUUCCUCUUCAGUUACAGAGAAAGAAUCGCAAUUGAUUGGAACCGUUUGGAUUUCAUUUACCACGCAGGUGUCUUUGUCUGCUAUUUUGGGACCUUUCUACUGCAAGCGGCAACCACCUCUUUGCAUUCUCACCCGGUGAAGUACACCGUCAAUUUCGACACCACCAGGAACAUCAGUACCACUAGCUUUGAGAAGCUUCUAAGUGAACACGAAUACAACUUGAGCAUCGCAGCUGCCAUCUUUGCCUUUGCAACAACUGUGUGUUAUGGGUGCAGCACUACCCUGGCUCUACGAAGAUGGAAGCUAUAGCACUAGAAGCGACAAGGCAGCUAAAGGGCAUCCCGUCUCGUUUGCGUACUUGUUCCGAUGAUCAAAUGAUGUACUACUUGUGGAGUUGCAAAGGAUGCUUGGAACACAUUUAUAUUUUUCUAAGAUGUUGACACACACAAACAUACACAAGAAGUCUAUGUCAUAAUUAUAUAUGCUUGUAUAUAAUAUAUAUAUAAUAUAUAUAUUUGGACAAGGGUGGGGGAAAACUUGCUUGUUUAUUUCUCCAGUUUUCAGUUGCUUAUGUUAACUGAUUUCCCGGGAGCGUUAUCCUCUGCUACAGAUAGUAUUAUAAAGUUGAGUGAUGGAAUAGGGUUAUCGUCGGCAGACAACUGCGUACUUUUUUUUUUUUUGGUGCUAAACAUCUGCUUGCAAGAAAAGCAAACAUCUCUGCAGAUGGGUUGUGUCUCUCGCACACACGCAAACACAGGGAGGCAGCUAUGAAACGAUAACCCGCCGAGCAUCCGCCUGAAAGCUAACUGUGUUCGCAGGCCUGCCAACAUCAGCAGCUAAACACAACCUCCAUUUAUUUCAGUGCGGCAUCCUUUGGCAACUUGGUACCCUCCAGAUGUUGUUUUGGUCCAGCUCCUAUCAGUUGUCAUUCCACAACAUCUGUAGGUUGGCAAAAGGUGCAGUGGGGACUGUGCUGGACUAGGGUUACUCCCUGGGUUUGGCCCUGAGUUGUGUUUUGCAGUCAAAUUCUUGAGGCCAUUGGGUAGUGUCAAACUGCUGCCUUUGAAUCUUGAGUCUAGGAGGUUUUCAGUAGUAUUCCUCUAAAACAGUAUAAAAAUAGCUCACCAUUCUGAAAGAGAAAAGGUGUAAACUUUUCUAUCAAUGUUUCCCCCAGAUUUCCAGUUUCUCCAGUGGGAAAACCAGGGAGGAAAUUUAUCCAACCCCAUAUUAAUUUUCCCCUCUUUCCCUUGAUCUUCACAUCUGUAAGUGCCACCACUCUGAGCCCCUUUUAGCUCUCUUUUCACGAACUGGCAGCU